CAGGGAGCGGCGUUGCGGGGCGCCCCCCUGCCGCCCCUCCGCGAGGGCAGCGGGCUGGUGAACGGCGCCGGGGCGCAAACGGGCCGUAAGACCGCUCAUUAAAAAUGAAAAUAAAGAGUCGCUGUGCUUCUCAUCCGCCUCCUUCUCCCUCGCCCUGCGGGCAGCAGCCGCAUUCCGCUCGCUUUGCCGGGUCUGCCUCUUCCCCUGCGCUGAUCAUUCCCGAGUCACUAGCAGACCGCCGUAGUAAAUACCUGGCAUCCCAAAGAUUAAUGCCCAGGAGCCAGACGCCGGCCAACAUUCCUGCCUUACCUCCGGUUUCCUGCCCUCUUGAGUGUGUGAGAAAGACAAGAAAAGUUUGUUCACUUUGGAAACUCGAUAGGAGGCAGCAGCUGAUCUUCUCAUCAUCAGCCUAAAAAUAAUCCACUCCAGGAGCUGCUUCACAAAGUGGAGGAGAAUCCUGCCAUCGGAAUGAUAUUGAUCACAUAGCACAACCAAGGGAAAACUGGGUUUGAUAUUUUGUGUGUGUAUAUAUAAAGUUUGUAACAGUCAGGCUGUUUGGAAGCAAUGAAAGUCGCCUUUUGUGGUAAUGACAACGCUUCUGCCUAUGACAUCAGUGCUGGCGUCCUAAAAAAUGUCUGCUUCGUGGAUGCCCUCAACCUGGUUCCCCAUGUCUUCCUGUUAUUUAUCACCUUUCCAAUUUUGUUUAUUGGCUGGGGUAGCCAAAGUUCGAAAGUCCAGAUCCAUCACAACACAUGGCUGCAUUUCCCUGGACACAAUCUGCGGUGGAUUCUGACAUUCACCCUCCUGUUCGUACAUGUCUGUGAAAUAGCAGAGGGCAUAGUUUCAGAUGCACAGAUGAAAUCUCGUCACCUGCAUCUCUUCCUGCCAGCUAUGAUGGGAUUUGUGGCUGCCACCACAGCUAUUGUCUAUUACCAUAAUAUCGAAACGUCUAACUUUCCAAAGUUACUGCUGGCUCUCUUUCUUUACUGGAUAAUGGCCUUUGUCACAAAAACCAUCAAGCUGGUCAGAUACUGUGAGGAUGGUGUGCCACUCUCUCAGCUGCGCUUCUGCAUCACUGGAAUUAUGGUCAUUCUCUAUGGGCUGCUGAUGGCUGUGGAGAUCAAUGUCAUUCGAGUUAGAAGGUAUGUAUUUUUUAUGAACCCUCAGAAAGUAAAGCCUCCUGAAGACCUGCAGGAUCUGGGUGUGAGAUUUCUUCAGCCAUUUGUCAAUUUGCUCUCAAAGGCAACUUAUUGGUGGAUGAAUACACUUAUUAUAUCAGCUCACAAGAAACCGAUUGACCUGAAGGCAAUUGGGAAGCUGCCAAUAGCAAUGCGAGCACUUACUAACUAUGUUUGUCUGAAAGAAGCAUAUGAAGAGCAAAAGAAAAAGGUGGCAAACAAGCCGAAUCAGAUUCCCUCUAUAUGGUUAGCAAUGUACAGGGCUUUUGGACGGCCAAUCCUUCUCAGCAGCACCUUCCGUUACUUGGCUGACCUGUUGGGUUUUGCUGGACCACUAUGCAUUUCUGGCAUAGUCCAGAGCUUCCAAAAUACUAGCCAAAAUGCUACAAACACAACUGGAAAAGAGAACAUCAAAUUCUAUACCUCUCCUCACAGGAUUUUCUCUGGAAAUGUUUAUGUCCUAGCAGGUCUUCUCUUCCUGGCCCUUAUCCUGCAGAGGACAUUGCAGGCUUCCUAUUACGUUACUAUAGAAACCGGCAUCAACCUGCGAGGUGCCUUACUGGCAAUGAUAUACAAUAAGAUCCUGAGGCUUUCCACAUCCAACUUGUCCAUGGGAGAGAUGACGUUGGGACAGAUCAAUAACUUGGUUGCCAUCGAAACAAAUCAACUGAUGUGGUUCUUGUUUCUGUGUCCCAAUCUCUGGGCUAUGCCCGUUCAGAUCAUAAUGGGCGUGAUCCUACUCUAUAACUUACUUGGAGUAAGUGCAUUGGUUGGUGCUGCUGUUAUUGUAUUGCUCGCUCCAAUACAGUAUUUCAUAGCUACAAAGUUGGCUGAGCUCAGAAGAGCACUCUUGUAAGAUUAUUCUACUGAGAGAUUAAAGAAAACCAAUGAGAUCUUGAAAGGCAUUAAAUUGUUAAAGUUGUAUGCCUGGGAGCACAUAUUUUGCACUAGCGUAGAGGAAACAAGAACCAAGGAGCUCAUAAGUCUCAAAACCUUUGCGCUUUACACAUCUCUUUCCAUUUUUAUGAAUGCAGCCAUCCCAAUAGCAGCUGUUCUUGCAACCUUUGUGACCUAUGAAUAUCAAAAUGAAACAACACUGCAGCCAGCACAGGCCUUUGCAUCACUAUCGUUGUUUCACAUCCUGGUCACACCACUGUUCCUGCUCUCCACCGUGGUUAGAUUUGCAGUGAAGGCCAUCAUAAGCGUACAGAAGCUGAAUGAAUUUUUCAUAAGUGAUGAGAUUGGAGAUGACAGCUGGAGAAGUGCAGAAAGCUCUGUGACCUAUGAAUCCUGUAAGAAGCAUACAGGACUUCAUACCAAAGCCAUAAACAGGAAACAGCCCUUGAGACAUCAGCUGGACAGCUAUGAGCAGCCGCUGAGGAGACAGCCACGUCCCUUAGAGAUAGAUGAUAUUGCAAUCAAGGUUACCAAUGGAUAUUUUUCAUGGGGAAGUGGCUUAGCCACAUUAUCCAAUAUAAACAUCAGAAUCCCAACAGGUCAGAUGACAAUGAUUGUGGGUCAAGUUGGGUGUGGGAAAUCUUCACUUCUUCUGGCUAUACUUGGUGAGAUGCAGACCCUGGAAGGAAAAGUUCACUGGAACAACAUAAAUGAAACUGACCCUUCUUGUGAAGCAACCAGAAGUAGAAACAGAUAUUCUGUAGCUUAUGCAGCACAGAAGCCAUGGCUGUUGAAUGCUACGGUGGAGGAAAACAUUAUCUUCGGAAGUCCUUUUAACAAACAGAGAUACAAAACUGUUACGGAUGCAUGCUCUCUGCAGCCGGACAUUGACCUAUUACCAUUUGGUGAUCAGACAGAAAUCGGAGAGAGGGGGAUUAACUUAAGUGGCGGCCAACGGCAGAGAAUCUGUGUAGCUCGAGCACUCUAUCAAAACACCAACAUUGUCUUCUUGGAUGAUCCAUUCUCUGCACUGGACAUUCACUUAAGUGAUCACUUGAUGCAGGAAGGUAUCUUGAAGUUCCUCCAGGAAGACAAAAGGACACUUAUUCUGGUGACACAUAAAUUACAAUAUCUGCCACAUGCGGACUGGAUCAUAGCUAUGAAGGAUGGUUAUGUGCUCAGAGAAGGGACAUUGAAGGACAUCCAGACCAAAGACGUUGAACUGUAUGAGCACUGGAAAACUCUGAUGAAUCGCCAAGACCAAGAAUUAGAAAAGGAUAUGGAAACUGACCAAACUACUUUGGAAAGAAAAACUCUCAGAAGAGCAAUGUACCCGAGAGAAUCCAAAGCACAACUGGAAGAUGAGGAUGAAGAGGAAGAAGAGGAAGAAGAUGAUGAUGAUAACAUGUCAACAGUAAUGCGGCUUAGAACAAAGAUGCCAUGGAAAACCUGCUGGAGAUAUCUUACCUCUGGAGGAUUUUUCUUCCUGUUUCUGAUGAUUUUCUCCAAGCUCUUGAAACACUCAGUCAUUGUAGCCAUAGAUUACUGGCUGGCAAGAUGGACAUCCAUGGAGAAUGGAAAUAAAACAGGGGAUUCCACAGACCCUCAACGCUCAAACAAGUCUUAUCAUGUAGCUGUGUUCAGCAUGCUUUGUGGAGCAGGGAUUGUCCUUUGCCUCAUCACAUCCCUGACUGUGGAGUGGAUGGGCCUCACAGCAGCCAAGAACCUUCACCACAAUCUCCUCAAUAAGAUCAUCCUCGGACCAAUCAGAUUCUUUGACACAACUCCCCUGGGGCUAAUUCUAAAUCGCUUCUCUGCUGAUACGAAUAUCAUUGAUCAGCACAUUCCCCCUACUCUGGAGUCUCUCACCCGGUCCACUUUGCUCUGCCUGUCGGCUAUCGGAAUGAUCUCCUACGCCACUCCGUGGUUCCUUGUAGCUCUUGUACCUCUUGGGGUAGCCUUUUAUUUCAUCCAGAAAUACUUCAGAGUGGCUUCCAAGGACCUUCAGGAGCUUGAUGACAGCACCCAACUACCUUUACUCUGUCACUUCUCAGAAACAGCUGAAGGCCUCACCACCAUCAGAGCAUUUAGGCAUGAAGCCAGGUUUAAACAACAUAUGCUGGAACUGACAGACACGAACAACAUUGCCUACUUGUUUCUGUCAGCUGCCAACAGAUGGCUGGAGGUCAGGACGGACUAUUUGGGUGCUUGCAUAGUUCUCACUGCAGCUGUUACGUCCAUCACCCACGGGUCUGAUUCUGGUCUUCUGGGCCUGGGUCUCCUGUACGCACUGACGAUAACCAACUAUUUGAACUGGGUUGUAAGAAAUUUAGCUGACUUGGAGGUGCAGAUGGGCGCAGUGAAAAAAGUGAACAGUUUCCUGACUAUGGAGUCUGAGAACUACGAAGGCACUAUGGACCCUUCUCAAGUCCCGAAAGACUGGCCACAAGAGGGGGAAAUCAAGAUUGAAGAUUUGUGUGUCCGGUAUGAAAAUAACCUGAAGCCUGUUCUGAAGCAUGUCAAGGCUUACAUCAAACCAGGACAGAAGGUUGGGAUCUGUGGUCGCACUGGCAGUGGAAAAUCAUCAUUGUCUUUGGCUUUCUUCAGAAUGGUAGACAUAUUUGAUGGGAAGAUUGUGAUUGAUGGAAUAGACAUUUGUAAACUGCCCUUGCACACCCUUCGUUCCAGACUCUCAAUUAUUCUCCAAGAUCCCAUACUGUUCAGUGGUUCCAUUCGCUUUAAUUUGGAUCCAGAGUGCAAGUGCACUGACGAUAGGCUUUGGGAAGCUCUGGAGAUUGCUCAGCUGAAAAACAUGGUCAAAUCAUUGCCAGGAGGUCUUGAUGCGGUAGUAACAGAAGGGGGAGAGAAUUUCAGUGUGGGGCAGAGACAGCUCUUCUGUCUGGCCAGAGCCUUUGUUCGCAAGAGCAGCAUUCUCAUCAUGGAUGAAGCCACAGCUUCUAUUGACAUGGCCACAGAAAACAUUUUGCAGAAGGUUGUGAUGACUGCCUUUGUGGACCGCACAGUUGUAACGAUAGCACACCGAGUGUCUCAGAUCUUGGACGGAGACAUUGUGUUAGUCCUUUCUGAUGGUGUUCUAGCUGAGUGUGAUACUGCUUCAAACUUGCUCCUCAGAGAGGAUGGCCUGUUCACCACUUUGGUGAAGACUAACAAGUAGACUAUCUCAGUCCACACUGCUCGCAAGACUUCUGGCUCUCUGCAUCGGGUUCACACUAUUCUGACUGCUGACCUGGUCAUUGUGAUGAAACGAGGGAAUAUUUUGGAGAAUGACACACCAGAGAACCUGCUGUCUCAAGAAGAUGGCAUCUUUGCUUCUUUCGUCCGGGC